GCAGCCAUAUAUACGACAAAGAUAGAAUGACGCUCGUGUGUACACAAGUGGUGUUUCCGAACGUGGCCUAAUGUCGUUCUGUAUCAUUCCAAUCAAAAACACUCAAUUAUAUUAUUAAGUAAGAAAAUACUUGUGAGAAACCUACACGUUUGAAUUGCUUCGAUUUUUCAAUUUCUCAUCGAACUAAUCGGUAACCGCGGAUCAUAGCGAACAGACAGCAGCAGGACGGCAGAGAUUGCAGCGACUUAUGUUCCGGUCACGUAAAAGACAUGUAUAAACAUAAUCUUCUCGAAGUGAAAAUGAGAUUUUUGCGUUUAAAAAGUCUCUUAAAAAGAAGAGAUUGGAAACAUAUUUAAAGAUUUCAUCAAAAAAUACGGUGAGAUUUUGUACGCUAAUUCCAGUUGUAUAAGUUUAAAAAAAAUUCGUUAAAUAUCAACAACAAAACCCUAUAUAUAGUGAGAUUUCCAACAGUGGAAAAAAAACGGUGAACAGAGUUUGUCCAUAACCUGUCGUAAGAGCGAUACAAGAGCAAACACAUCAAAUAGAUAGAGAAAUUGCGAGAACAAUGGAAGUAGAAAUGGAUAUUGCGAAAGAAGAAGACAACGAGAAAGCUUUCCGAGAAGCUUCAGACGAGAUCGAAGACGAUGCGAUGGAGAGCGAAACUGAGAAGAAAACCGACGAAAAUGUCGAAAAGAUCGAAUCCGACGACAGCGACGAUGAGGAGGAAGCCGAUGAAACGGAAGUGAAGUCUUUGCAAACUGCUUUGACGGAAAAUCCAUACGAUUACGCCACUCACGUAGCUCUGAUCAAUAAAUUGCGAACAAUGGGCGAAUUGGAUCGCUUGCGAGUUGCCAGAAAUAAUAUGAGCAAUGUGUAUCCAUUGAGUCCCGAGCUCUGGUUGUCCUGGAUACGCGAUGAAAUCAUGUUAGCAACCACAACUGAACAGAAAGUUGAAGUAACACAACUGUGUGACCGAGCUGUCAAAGAUUACAUGUCUGUAGAAGUGUGGCUGGAAUAUCUACAGUUUAGCAUUGGAAACAUGGGUACAGAAAAAGAUGCAGCUAAGAAUGUUCGUCAACUCUUUGAACGUGCGUUAACUGCUGUUGGAUUGCACACUAUCAAAGGAGCAAUAAUAUGGGAAGCGUUUCGAGAAUUUGAGAUUGUUUUAUUCGCACUGAUUGAUACCGCGAAUAUAGCGGAAAAGAAAGAACAAUUAGGACGAAUCGGUGAUUUGUUCCGGCGUCAAUUAGCGUGUCCUCUUUUAGACAUGGAAAAGACACACGAGGAAUACCAAUUGUGGCGUGCGGGAGAUGGCGCGGAGGCAUCAAUUGAUGACAAAAGUGUUUCAAUAGGAUACGAACACGCUCUUGCAAAGUUAAACUCUCUUCUUCCUUAUGAAGAAAAGCUUGUCUCUGCUCAAGGGGAAAAUGAGUUGCUCGAUGCUUAUAAAGGAUAUUUGUUACAUGAGAAACAGCAGCGUGAUCCAAAACGUAUCAUAGUUCUUUACGAAAGAGCAAUAACUGAUUUGAGCUUGGAGGCGACGAUUUGGCACGAUUAUCUUACUUAUCUGGAAGACGUAUCAAAGACCGAAUCUGUAAUAGAUCCGAUUUAUCAGAGAGCAACGAGGAAUAUUCCAUGGUGUUCAAGAAUUUGGCAAAAAUGGCUAAGGUUGUACGAAAAAUGGACAAGGCCGAUAUUGGAAGUACAGAAGAUAUUAGAGAACGCUUUGGCUGUUAGUUUUUCUACAGCAGAAGAUUAUCGAAAUUUGUGGAUUGUGUAUCUGGAAUAUCUACGACGCAGAAUCGAGCAGAGUUCGGACGAAGAAAAAGAUAGGCGUAUAGACGUUAUCCGCAAUACAUUCAACAGAGCGUGCGAACAUUUGGCAAAAUAUUUUGGACUGGAUGGUGAUCCCAAUUGUAUUAUUCUACAAUACUGGGCAAGAACUGAAGCGAUACACGCAAAUAACAUGGAAAAGGCCAGAACUUUAUGGGCUGAUAUUCUUUCGCAGGGGCACUCUGCAACAGCUUCUUAUUGGUUGGAAUACAUAUCGCUGGAAAGAUGCUACGGAGAUACGAAGCAUUUGAGGAAAUUAUUCCAAAAAGCUUUAUCUGUUGUGAAAGAUUGGCCAGAAAGUAUAGCAAACGCUUGGAUAGAUUUUGAACGUGACGAGGGAACUCUAGAACAAAUGGAACUUUGUGAAGUCAAAACAAAAGAAAAGCUUGAUAAAGUUAUGGAAGAACGGCAAAAGCAACAAGAAACUUGUCGUAGUGAAUUGCCAACGCAAAAUAAGAAAGCAAACAAAAGAAAGUUAGACGACAGUGGCAAAUGGAAAAACUUGGGAGGUUCUCCGUCAAAAAUUGUAAAAUCCAGCACGCACGAAAAGUUAUUAUUACGAGAAAGUCGUUUGAACAAGUUAAAUUAUAUCGACAAUACGGAAGAUAAGCAUAAAAAAGAAGAAGCGAAACCAAAAAUUGAAGCGCCACCAUUCGGUUUGAAAAAGACCGAAGACGUAGACAAUACGAGUAAUCAGCCUGAGAUAGACAACAACAUUACAGUUUUUGUCAGCAAUUUAGAUUACACCGCGACUGAAGACGAAGUGAAAGAUGUCAUGAAAUCAGCUGGUCCGAUAACAUUAUUUAAAAUGAUCAAAGAUUACAAAGGACGUAGCAAAGGAUAUUGCUACGUACAGUUAAGCAGUACAAAAGCUGUGGAAGAAGCUUUAAAAUUGGAUAGAACGCCCAUAAAAGGGCGUCCCAUGUUCGUUUCGAGAUGCGAUCCCAAUAAGAGUACAAGAAGUUCCGGAUUUAAGUACAGUUCUACACUCGAAAAGAACAAACUCUUUGUCAAAGGACUUCCACUCACGACGACGAAAGAGCAACUCGAAGAAAUAUUUAAGGUUUACGGAGAUCUCAAGGAAGUUCGUUUGGUUACUUACCGUAAUGGACACUCAAAGGGUUUGGCUUACGUCGAAUAUCACGACGAGGCAAUCGCUGCGAAGGCCCUUUUCAAUACCGACGGUAUGAAAAUCCAAGACAAAGUUAUCAACGUUGCGAUAAGUCAACCACCCGAUCGUAAGAAAAUCCAAACGACAGAGGAAAGCGGUAAACAAAUCAAGUCAUUGGGUGGGACGACGACAAGCCGCACCGCGUUUGGAGUGCCUAAAACUUUAUUAUCUAUGGUACCCCGUAACGUUAAAACAAAUAACAGAAAUGGCGCGGCACCGAACGGAAACGGGAUUGCGCAGUCGAUGAGCAAUCAAGAGUUUAGAAAUAUGUUGUUCGAUAAAAAAUAACCAGCUAUAUAUUAUAUUAUAUAAAUUAUAUCUGUUUUCAAUCUACUUGUGUUUCGAUCUGUUGCGUAUCUACCAAUUGCACGUGUUGUUGACACAUAACUUUCAUGCAAUUUUAGCACCGGUUGUAACAGUUAGUAACAAUACAGUGCUUGACAUUUAUUGCACUUUGACUGUUAAAUGACAUUAAAGACAGAUUUCUUUUGCCACGGUAAAGUGCCACGUAUUAUAUAAUACAUGUGUCGUUACAAUUUCAAACGUGCGAUAAAGUCUUACGUGUAGCUAAAAAAACAAUUUUGUAUUUUAUGCGACUCAUAUACCAUAUUUACAUCUCGAUGUAUUACUUCAUUGCUUUUCUUUCCGUGCGUAUAUGUGUAAGCGCGCAAAGUAUCUUUCGUAUCAGAACUGUGUUUCGAUAUUUACUGCCAGUAAUAAAAAUCUAUAUGCUCGACGUCACAUGGGCUAUAGAUUUUUACUACCGACAGCGAACAUCAGAACGCAGCCUAGAAAGUUAUACGUUACGAGCGAUUGUUUAGAAAGAGACAGUUAAUCUCUCUAGAAUCCAUUAGUAACUU